GCGCAAAAGAGAGGCUUAGAGUACAUGUGCUAUGUGACGUCAUAGCGAGUCCUGUAGAUGUUGUUGAUAUGUCUCUCGAAAUGUAUCGAUGUUAAAGCAUUGUGAUCUGGUGGACGACUGUUCCCUCAUAGUAUACCUCUCUGGAUUCCACAUUAAACUCUUAGCAGACUAUGGAAUGUUUCAUUUGCUAUUGCCAACAAGAAACGUGACUUCUUUACCCAGAAAACCAGCUGAAGUUUGUUGACGGUGCGUGUCGCUUACUUCACACACAACCAUAUCCAUUGAUUGUACAGCUGUUUGAAUUACUGUUUUAUAUUUUACAAUCGAAUACACAUUGAGUUUUUCAUUACAUAUGUGUUAAGGAAGCACUGAACCAGAAUGUGAAACGUUUUACAAUGAACGUAGUUGACAGUGAAUUGUCAGUAAUUCGUGCACAUAACCUCUACAGAACGGGGAUUCUAUCCAGAAAGCUGCUUGGAUAAAUUCUUUUGCUAUUCUAUUAUUCUGCCUAAAAACCAGUGAUUUCUGGUCGAAGUGGAACAACUUACUUGACUUACUGAACAGCCACCAUGACUUCUGCUUCAAAUAGUACCCGAGGAAUGAGUAAUAACGGGUACAAAACAUUUGUUAAUGAACCGUAUGCAUCAGAUGAUGCUUCAAAGGAAUUAGAUAACAUUCAAACUACUUCCAGCAGCCCUGACCCGUCCAACUUUAAUACUGGGUAUGAGGAAUUAAUGAAAGGCAGUAAACAGUGCCCCACAUGUCGAGGGCUUGGACGAAUACCCCAACAUGAAGCAGAACAACUUGUUGCUCUCAUUCCAAUUAGUGACAAACGAUUAAAACCCCAACGAACAGUUCAGUGGGUCAUUCUUUCUAUAAUUAUCUGCUGUUUUGUGGCAGGACUUGUUUUGUAUUUCCUGUUUCCCAGAAACGUACGAGCUUUAAGUAAUCAACCUGAUCUUGAACCUUCACAGCUCCAGAUAAAUCUCACUAUGCAAUAUGUUUACCUCAGUUUUAUGAAUAAAUACAACUUCAGUAAUGAGAAUUAUAUCCCAGUAUCAGUGACAGGAGUAACAAUGUCUGUACAGUAUGACAGGAGUAUUUUGAGUAAAGUGGAGAAUAAAACAGAAUUAAAAAUACCCCAGUUAUCUUCCAGGGAGUACCAUGUUCAAAUGAAUUUGACUUUAGCAGGGGACCAGAAAUAUCUUGUGAAAUUUUGCAAUGAUCCAAGACGAUGGGUCCAUGACAUGUUUAUGCAGUUUGAGUUGACCGCUAACUACAGCUAUUUUGGCCACAUAGAACAGACCACAUUGACCACUUACCAACAUGUCAGUUGUGGAAAUGACACAAAGAGUCCUUAUUGAGUUGACUCACAAAACUGACACCUCUCCCUCCAAUUGCUGCCAGUGCCUUAUAUCAAUUGACUUCUUGCACUGUUGUUGCUCUUGCCAAAAUUUACAGUGAAGCUAGAUAUAUACCCAUGUUGGUUCUGGCCAGCUAUCUUUUCAUGCAUAAUAUAAUCUUUAACAAUUGAAGACUUCAUAAAUUUCAUGAAGGAAACCUCAGAAAGUUCUGAAAUUAUUUUUUCACCUGUACUGAAACAAAGCAAACUGUCCUUUAUAUUACACAAAAACAGAGAUAAUGAAGUAAUUCAUUUCCCUUACAUGAAAGAAUUUUCUAGUCAUGACUCUAUGCUAGAAUUUUUCCUGUGACUAUAAUACUCUGUCUACCAAUUGUUAUCCAAAUGCUACAUACUAGGCAGGUAAUUUCCUUCCCUCAGAUCUGCCAAGACAUUUAAAAAAAAAUUCUUUUUACUGUAUUUGGUAAUGAUUUUUUUUUCUCUCAAUAUUUACUUUGGGAUAGCAGAGGUAUAUUAGUUUUUUUUUUGUUUUUUUUUUUUUAACUGUAGUGUAUUUAUUUUCAUUGAAUAAAAUUGAAUAAAACUUACAAUGAAAGUAUAAAAUCAUCUAAACUACUGACUGUUUUAGUUUGUUCUGAAAGAUUGUCACAAAAUAAAAAAAAAAUCAUUUCCCUCACUCUACUCAUUUGCCUAUUGUUGAAGGUUUAUUAUCAUCUUCUAAAUCUCCGUACGUAAAGCCAUAAAUUUCUGUCAGAGAAUAAAAUGUGAAAUUACAGCAUUUUAUAUGUUUGCUGUUCAUAUGCCUGAU